CUUAUAAUGCAACAUAUAUCUUUUAGAGAAUCCAAAGAGGGUUCACCAAAACUUAAUCGACCGGAGAUUCGACGGGGUUGUGACGUCACGUCGCCGGCGGCUGCCAUUAAUAGAUCUCCGGCGUUCUCUUUUUAUAUCACAAUUAUGUUCAAUAACAGUAUAUCAAUUCCGGUAACGGACAACCAUCUGGAUGAUUUUUACGCCAAAAUAGGGUCCCGAACACGACGGAAACGCAGGAAAUCGGAGUUGAGAGGGGGAAGCGAUCGAACAUGCAAACAGAUAACGAGAUGGUGGCCUAUAUUUCUCUUUAAUACUGCGGUGGUAUUAUUCAUUCUUCAUGCUUCAAAAAUUCGAUGGAGAUCAAGUUCCACCAAAUUAGGGUUUCAUCUUCAUGAAACCAACUUGAAUCGUCUAGAUGCUCCACGUUGUUUGAAGCUUCUACCUCCUGAAGAACUUCAACGUCUCGAUCUCCAGCUGAAUGAAUAUUCAUCUGUUCCUAUUAAGAAAGUAAUAUAUGUGUCAGAUAAGGAUAUGCCUUACGAUACAAAUUCUCAACAGGAGUCGGGGACCACAAGGUUUAAUCUAUUUACCGGUUACCAAACUCUUAAGCAGAGAGAGCAAAGUUUUGAGGUGAAUGAAACUUUGUCUGUACACUGUGGUUUCUACAGCAAUAGUGGAGGUUUUACGAUAUCGAAUGAAGAUAAAAGCUACUUGCAAACGUGCAAAAGCGUAGUUUCUACUUGUGCGUUUGGUGGUGGAGACAAUCUUUAUCAGCCUAUUGGGAUGUCAAAUACAUCACUUCAGAAGGUAUGCUAUGUAGCAUUUUGGGAUGAAAUUACUCUUGCAACUCAGGAACAACACGGGCAUAUAAUUAACAAGGAUCGUUUUAUUGGAAAGUGGCGCGUUGUUAUUGUUAAAAAUCUUCCCUUUAAAGAUCAAAGGCUGAAUGGAAAAAUCCCAAAGAUGCUGGCGCAUCGUCUUUUCCCUAAUGCAAGAUAUUCAAUAUGGGUAGAUUCAAAGUCCCAAUUCAGGAGAGACCCGUUGGGAGUGUUUGAGGCACUUUUAUGGCGUUCAAAAUCCGUGUUUGCGAUUUCUGAACACGGGGCUCGUAGUAGCGUGUAUGAUGAGGCAAAGGCUAUUGUCGAGAAAAACAAAGCCACCCCAGAAGAAGUAGAAGUACAAAUUACUCAAUACCACCGUGAUGGCCUCCCCGCAGACAAAAGAAUUGAUGGCAAGAAAGCUUUAAAUGAGGCUUCUGUGAUUGUGAGAGAGCAUACGCCAGUGACUAAUUUAUUUAUGUGUCUUUGGUUCAAUGAGGUUGUUAGGUUUACCUCUCGCGAUCAGCUUAGUUUUCCAUACGUUCUGUGGCGGUUGAAGGUGUUAAGAAACAUAAAUAUGUUUCCAGUUUGCACGCGGAGAGAUUUGGUCAAUAGCAUGGGUCAUAUACGCAAGGCCAAGCCUUUAGGUUGAUGCAAAUUUCAGUAGCUGACUUGUUAUUUUAUUGAUCUUGUUACUGUGUGUUUCAGUAUUUUUUUUUUUUGUGGAACACACCUGUGAAAAAGCUACUUUUAGUAUUUAUUAUUUAUGUAAUUGUAAUGUAUACUGUAUAGUUGGUACAGGCUUGAAGGCUUGUACACAUGUGUAUUAGUAUAUUCUUUUUGUUUAUACUAAAAGUGUACCGUGUUUAUCUAACAACAUAC